GAGUCAAGAGAAGCUACCGUGAGGUGGUGUUGACCGACCGCUGCAGGUUUUCGUCAAGAAACCUGGAUACUUAAACUUUCCGAAGGGACUGGCAAUACCGCCAAGUUAAUUUGGAAGCUUUGUAGUUGCUGAAGUCACAGCGACGAGGCCGAGCGAGGAGCGUAAACCCCGUGGAAGGCGUCCUGAGAGAGGUUGGAGAGCAGAGCUAAUGCUAACUUAGCUGGUCGAUGCUACAUCGCUUGAAAAGUGCUCGACUUUCUCCGUAGUUGUCUCGGCUGGUUGUUUCACUCGUCGAUUAAUUCCGGCUAGUUGGUCAUCAGGUUCUAGCAGCUCGACGGGGCAUGUUUUGCGUGUGGUUUAUAGGCCCCGAGUGAUUAGCAACAGUAGCAGGUCUCUGCGAGGUUACUCUGGCGUCUCUGGACUGCCGCUUUCGUUUUACACAGCGCGCAUUCGAACCGUCUUCACAUCGGGCGUGUUUAUAAGUUUGCCUACACUCGGCUCCAUCCAGGCCUUGUGCUCCGCCAUGCUGAAACAACAGCAGCAAUCUGGAUCGGGUGGGAGAAAAGCUUCCAAUGGAACCACGGCCCCCCCUGGAAUGUCCUCCCCAGUGAGCGGCGGCAACAGGACCCCGGCUGGAAGGAACCGAACUUCAGCUAAGCCAUCUUUUCAGUCUUCCCCGGUGUUCGAGGGUGUCUACAACAAUGCCAGAAUGCUUCAUUUCCUCACUGCUGUUGUGGGUUCUACCUGUGACAUAAGAGUCAAGAAUGGCAGUGUGUUUGAAGGCAUAUUCAAGACCCUCAGUUCCCGGUGUGAGUUGGCUGUUGAUGCUGUUCACAAGCGGAAUGAAGAGGACGGCUCAUCAUCAGCUCCUCCACGGCGGGAAGAAAUCACAGAUACCAUGAUCUUCAGUCCAUCAGACCUGGUGACCAUGACCUGUAAAGAUGUUGACCUCAACUUUGCAACAAGAGACACAUUCACAGACACUGCCAUCAGUUCCAGUCGUGUCAAUGGUGAACACAAAGAAAAGGCUUUACAGAGAUGGGAUGGAGGGGACAGCAAUGGAGAGAGUUAUAAUCUGGAGAAUGAUACUUCCAAUGGCUGGGAUGCCAAUGAGAUGUUUCGUUACAAUGAGGUGAAAUAUGGAGUCACAUCAACAUAUGAUUCCAGUCUGUCCAUGUACACUGUACCUCUGGAAAGGGGAAACUCUGAGGUGUAUCGGCAGAGAGAAGCCCGCGCAGCUCGUUUGGCCAGUGAGAUCGAGUCCAGCCCUCAGUAUCGGCACCGCGCCAACCUCGAAAACGACGAAGGCAAAAGUGAGGAGGACAAGUAUAGCGCAGUUGUGCGAGACAGCGGUGACAGGGAAAGGACCCAUGAGAGUCCCCGUGACAGAGAACGGGGCCGAGACAGUCCAGGAGUGAACAACAGGGAGGGAAAGUACAUUCCACUUCCUCAGCGUCAAAGAGAGAACCGCGAGAGGGAAAGAACCGAAAGAGGUCCAGGAGGCCCUCCGUCUCACAAUCGACUGAGUGGCGGAUACCGGUCUACUCCUCCUUCUUCCUCUUCGCCCAGACCUUCACUGCCCUCCGCUACAGGGCCCCAACCUGGUGUCUCCCCAUCUGAGAGAAGUAGUCCCUUGUCUGGCCGAGGUGGCGCCUACGCUCCCCACCACCCCCCAGGAAGUGCCAGCCCCGGGCCUGCCUCUGGUCCCACAAGCCCAUACACACCAACUUCUCCUAAUGCACCAACACCAUCAACCACCUCCACAUCCCCUUCUCAGUCUCCUGCCAGCCCCCCUGCCCACCACGGACACAUGGUCCCACAUUCCCAUUCACUUCCUCACUCACUGUCAGAGGCUGCCCGUCCUGUUAAUGGAGUCUCUUCCAGAACCUCCCCCAAAGCCCAAAGACCCCCACAGUCCAGCCGAACAGCCCGGGCUGUCAACUCGCACGCCCAGUCUAAUGCUACCCGUUCUCCUAAAUCCAGCGCUAGUCAGGACACGCCAUAUUUGGAUACAUCAUCCGUUUCCCUGCCUUCUCAGAAGACGUCUGGUCCUGCGCCUCUUUUCCCAGUAGAUGUGAAUGAGAUUCUUGUUGCUGCUGCGAAGGAACGCUCAGCUGAAAGCCCGAGCAGCGCAGAGGAAGGAAAGGCUAAUAAAGCUCCGUCCGUUCAACAAAGGUCUCAAAUUGAGGAGCUGCGGAAGUUCGGCAAGGAAUUCAGACUCCAGCCGAGUGGUGCCAGCUCCAGCUCUCCCAGUUCUCCGGCAGCGGCAACGCCACCUGCCGUAGGCGAUGUCACACAACCUGGUGCAGUCAAGCCCUCACCGUCAGACGCCCAUCCUGCCUCAGAGAUCAAAUCUCAGCCUCAGGCUCCCAGCCCCACCGCGCCCCCCUCCGAGGAUAUGUCCAAGGAUUCCGCCUCAGCUGCAGCAGCAGGCCUAGUUUCAGACAGACAAUCACCUGCUGUUCCCCAACCUGCCAGGACUCCAGGGAGUGACGAGGGGCGGCCUGAGGCCUCCGAGCGAACAGAUGGUGUAGCCGACCAAGUCAAGAAGUCCACAUUAAAUCCUAAUGCUAAAGAAUUCAACCCGAUCAAACCGCAGAUGACGAUGACAAAACCCAAUACAGCUCCCACGCCCCCUCGGCCCACGCCUCCCAGCCCGGUUGUUCUUCAGCACCCAGGAGGACAGGGUCCCCUCUACAAUACCCCCUACCUGUCAUAUGUCUCACAGAUCCACUCUGUGCAGCCCCCACAGAUGUACCAGUACACCAUGUCCACGGUCAGCCAGGGGAAGUAUCCUCGGACCAAAGGCUCGGUUGUGGCCCAGCGUUCUGACCAUGGAGCCUCAGCGCCCCCCAUGCUGCAGGCAGCCGCCUCAGCAGCCGGACCCCCCCUGGUGGCCUCCCCCUAUCCUCAGUCUUACCUUCAGUAUAACCCGCAGCAGUACGGGCAGCAGCAGGUCAUCCAGGCCAUGACUUACCCUGGACAGCCCAUGUACUCCAUGCUGCAGGGUGGUGCCCGUAUGAUCAGUCAAGGUGGGGCUCCUCACCCUCAGGCCCUGGGACCAGGUGGCCCCCAGUUCCAAACACAGGGAGAUGGACCCCAGGGGCCGCAGCAGGGCAUCUACGCAGCUCCUCAGUCUUUUUCGCACCACUCCGGUGCCGUUCAUCAGCCACAACCUUCUAGUACACCCACAGGAAACCAGCCCCCACCACAACAUGCUGCCCCCAGCCCAGGACAAAACACCCAGUCCGGCCCACAGCCCCAGUCUUUGUACCACUCGGGCCCCCUCUCGGCACCCACGCCUCCCAACAUGCCACCAGGACACACGUCUCCUCAGGGGUCCUACCCCAUCCAGGGUUACAGCAUCCACAGUCAUCAGGGCAUCCCACAGACAUACCCCCUGGGACAGAUCGCACAGGCCCAUGUCCAAGGAGCCAUGUCGGGUCCGCACCAUUCGGGCAACCAUGGCCAGCCCCAGCUUGUGAUGCUACAGCCUCCACCGCAGCAGGGCCCGGGAUCAGUGCCACAGCACCCACAACACGGACCACAGCAAGGGGCACACCAACACUUUUACAUUGGACAUCCACAAGCGAUGCAGGUUCAGACGCAUCCUGCUUCCUUCCACCAACCUGGAAACUAAACACGUCCAUCCCUACCUCCCUCCCAAACAUUGUCCCUCUGCAUCACCUGCUGGAUACCAAGCUGUUUGAACGUGUCUCAUAAGAACAAGACUGACGGAAUAGAGAGGACGAGUAACGCCUCAUUGCACCUUAUUCUUCUGUGAAGUUCCUCAUGAGAGUCUCUGGAGGCGAGAACCUUUUAAAACCCUCAAGGAUGAAAAUGACAGACAACAGCAGCCUCAUGCCGAUGUGGCAGUCAACUCUUCUCUCCGAUGACUUCUUUUUCUUUUCAUCCGGAAGCUUCCUGUCGGGUCCAAACUAUUGAGGAGGACAUAACAGUCUGCUGCUGGGUUCCCCAGAAAACUUGUGAAACAAACGACCCAGGAUUAAGGAGGCUUUUGAAGAGGAGAGGGGACUUUUAACUAGUCAUUUCUUUUAACUCUGUCCAGUAACCCCCUGCCCCCGCCCUCACAGUUCUUUGCUUCUUUAGGAAAAUUUAAUUAAUAAUAAAAUGGGCAAGACAAAAAAAAUGUCAAAACAAUAAUGACCAAAAAUAAAGUUUUCAACUCAA